GUAAAAUAAAAAUCGAAGGCCCAAUAUAAUGCAGACAGAUCCAUCGUUCAAUAAUAAUAUCUUUGACUGACAGAAACACAAAAACUCCCACAGAGACGAGAAUACAAAAUCUAUAAUCAUCCUCCAUCGAUCAUUGAUUGCAGAGAGGACCCCGCUUAAGGACAUCUGCAUCUAAUCUGAGUCUUUAUCCAAUCCAUAUCAGGGUUGUUGGUAUCAUUUCAAGAAUGACGACUUCUGUUUGCCCUUUCUCGAAAGCUCCUCGUCCCGACGAUGCUUCUGCUCGAAAACAAGGCGAAACAGCUGCUUCUGGCUGUCCUUUCUCCAAAGCUGCUCGUCCUGACGACGCCUCUGCUCGCAAACAAGGCGAAACGACGGCUUCUGCUUGCCCUUUCUCUAAAGCUUCUCGUCCCGACGACGAUGCCUCAGCUCGAAAGCAAGGCGAGACGGCGAAUAAAGGAUGUCCCGAAAACGAAGGAAGAUUGAAUAAGGACUCUACUGAUGAUUCUGCAACUGUGCCUGCCAAGUGCCCGUUUGGUUAUGACUCCCAGACGUUCAAGCUUGGGCCUUUUAGCUGUAUGCUGUGUCAAGCUCUUCUAUAUCAGAGCAGUAGAUGUGUGCCUUGUACACAUGUGUUCUGCAAAGUGUGCCUAACACGGUUUAAGGACUGCCCUCUAUGCGGUGCUGACAUUGAAAGCAUUGAGUCUGAUGAAAACCUUCAAAAGAUGGUUGAUCAGUUUAUUGAAGGCCAUGCUAGAAUCAAGAGAUCUGUUGUGAAUAGCACAGAAAAAGAAGAGGUGGAAAUUGAUAAUAAAAAGGUGAUUUACGCUGAUGUUUCCAUGGAAAGAGGUUCUUUCUUGGUGCAACAAGCUAUGAGGGCAUUUCAAGCCCAGAAUUAUGAAAGUGCAAAAUCAAGGUUGGCAAUGUGUGCCGAGGACAUUCGAGAUCAACUAAGGAGGGAGGGAAAUACACCAGAGUUGUGUUCACAGCUUGGUGCAGUCCUUGGUAUGCUCGGCGACUGCAGCCGAGCAAUGGGGGACUCAAGUUCUGCAGUCAAUCAUUUCGAAGAGAGUAUUGAAUUCCUUAUGAAACUGCCGAUGGAUGAUUUGGAGAUUACACAUACACUUUCUGUAUCGCUCAAUAAAAUAGGAGAUCUUAAGUAUUAUGACGAGGACCUACAAGCUGCAAGGUCGUAUUACUGUCGUGCUUUAAAUGUUAGACGUGAUGCAAUGAAGCAACACCCAAAAGCUCCUUCACAAAUUUUGGAUGUGGCAGUUUCCUUGGCUAAAGUUGCGGAUAUAGACAGAAGUCUACAAAAUGAAGAUGCAGCCACAGAUGGUUUCAAGGAAGGCAUAGCACUGAUGGAAUCUUUGAAACUGGACUCUGAAGAUUCUGCUCUCGAGCAACGACGUCUCUCUGUGCUUGAGUUUCUGAAGAAGCAAGUAGAGAAGCCUGAACAGUCUGCAGAAACUGCACUCUGAACCAAUACAGGCUUAUGUAAGUAUAUAUAUAGACUGUAUACCUAAGUACUUCCCUGUCGCAUUUUGCUGAAUAAAGGAACGAGAAAGCGAAUAUGUUGUGUUUGCACUUAAGGGUCAAAGAAACGGAGUGCUCUCUGUGUCUUGUGAUGGUUUCAAAUGCAGUACUCUUGCAAUACUAAGCAUUAGAAAGCAUGAUUGUAUACACUCUACGCUACGAGCUUAUGAAAAAAAAACUAUGGAUUAAAAAUGUAAGAACCUUCGAUGAAUCUAAGUGGUUGUUACUUGUUAUAUUUGUAUUUUCUCAUAUCGGAA